GAACCACGAGCUACCGGAUAGCGCACGAACGUAUGCAUGGAGGGAUGCAGGAUGGCGCCUAAUUUGUGUUUUUUCCCGACUUUAAAUUUGCAGCUCCUUUCGCUGCCGCGACUGCCGGACACGCUGCAUCGCUGCACGAGCGGGUGCAGCCACACAGAGGAGCUGCAACCGCUUAUUUCCACCUACAGAGGCGAUAUGAAUGCUUGGAUUUGUGUGCGAAACGCCCACCAAAACUAGCGAUGCUUUUGCACCCUCAUAUAGUGGAGUUUCCAACGAGCCCGAUAACAAAGCACCCUUCCUUCGCAGACUUUGCUCGCCCUCCUGGCAACCUCACGGAGUUGGUGGCCUGACCAACUCUGCCCGUAUAAACAAAGGCGCUAGGAAUGAGCCGCAGCGUGGUUUUCUGUCUUAAGCGCCCGAAUUCGUGCCCCUCGCCGUGUUCGUACAGGCAACCAUGGCUCUACCAAUCCCUCCACGUUCGAAACCUCUGCCGAUAAUUCACAUCAAUGGAUUCCCUGGAACCGGCAAAUUGACGAUUGCACGAGAGGUCGUCACUAUUUUACAGGGGCACUUUGCAGCCUCUGAAUCGGGAGAACAGGUCAAGCUCGUACACAAUCAUCUGAUGAUAAAUCCCGCCGAUGCUGUCUUGCAUAGAACGCAACCAGGCUAUCAAAUACUCCGCAAAGCGCUGCGGGAUGCAGUAUUCUCGACAUUGAAGAGCGAACCAGCCACGUUCACCACGGCCUACCUGUUCACCGACUGGCAAAGUGGUGAUGACAUUGGCACGGAAGUGUGCAAGGAUUUCCAAUUUACAGCGCAUGAGCGAGGUUGUGAUUUCAUUCCCAUUGUCAUCACCUGCGAGCAAACGGAAAACAUCGCCAGACUUCGCAAUAGUGAUCGAGAAUCCUGGCACAAGAUCACCGACGCUGAACUUCUGGUGCAAUUUCGAGAGCAAUUACACCCACCGCCGGUCUAUCAAUUCGAGAAUGUGGAAACGCGCUUGGAACUUGAUGUUACAAAGCUUAGUGCCCAGCAAGCAGCAAAAUGUAUUAUGCGGCAUGUACUUACAUGUCUGUCGAACGGCGUAAACAGAGCUGUUUACAAUUUCAAACAAUAACGAUGUAUAUAGCUAUUCUAUACCAAAGCACUAGCACGUUAUUGACUAGCACUGCUGCUGUAUAAGAACCCGCCCCCCCCCCACCCUUUUC